GGCUUGGUGAACUACAUCGCGCGGUGCCCAGCGUCGCCGCCGUGCCCGGCCUGCCCGGCGCUCACCUGCCAGGCUUGCGGCGCCUGCCAGGCGCCCGCGUGCCCGGGCCUCUCGUGCCCGACCUGCCCGGCCUGCCCGGGCCUCGCGCCGGCGGCUGGGCCGGCGGCGUGGCCGGCCUGCCCGCAGGCCCCGGAGGCAGCCCCGUGCGCCGGCCGCGGCUGGGGGCUGCUCUGGUUCGUGUGCGGCGUGGCCUUCGGCCUCGCGGCGCCCGCGGCGCUGCUGAGCGCUCGGCGCGCGGCUCGGUGCUGUCGCAGGCGCAGGCGGGCCGCCAUCCAGGUCUGGCACCAGAGGCUGGUGCUGGGUCAGGUGGCGUUAUCGGCUGGUAAGCUCUUCGUGAUCGCCACCCCCGACCGGCACGUGUACGCGGAGGACUACAGUGCAGGCUCGGCCGACGUCGCGGCUGUGAGGUGGGCGACGGCCUUCAACGUGCUGCCGGACGGCAUCCCUCCCGGGGACGUCUACCGCUUCCGGGCGGAGCCGACGGUGGCGCAGCGGGCCGCCUUCCUCGCCGCGGCGGUGCCCGAGGCCGCGGGCGAGUGCGCCGGGCUGCGGCCCAAGGCGUGGCGGCCCCGGCGGUGGACGCCCACUGCCUGCUGCCGGUCCCGGUGGGCGGACCCGCGGCCGGCGCGGGGGCUGCCGCGGUGGUGGCUGCUGCGGGCGCGCCCGCUGCUCCCGGGGGUUGUGGCUGUUGGCGCGGCUGACGGACGUGGUGCUGCUCGCUGGGUCGCCGCCGAGUGCUUCGGCGGCUUCCGCGUGGGGGACGACGUGCCCCACCAGGCCGGAGCGGGCGCCAUCGGGGACAAGGACAUCCACCGGCUUGCGGACGGCUCGGGCCUCUUCGUGCAGUACUUGCGGCCGGCAGACGAGCAGGAGUUCUUCGACCGCAUCGUGGCCAGCGACGCCCGCAUCCUCCCGGUGCGCCGCAACAGGCUUGGGCGGCGGGAGCGCACGUGGGCUGACAUGUGUGCCGCGGUGACGAAGGAGGACUUCGGCAAGGACUGGACGCUCGGUGGCGUCCGGACGGCGGGGUGGUGCCUGGAGCACAUCAACUCGGAGGGCGGCAGCUUGGACGCUCACCAUGAUCGUUUUCGAUCGCUGCGCCGCCUGGAGCCCAACGCCUGGGGGGUGGCCGAGCACCUCGAGACGGCGGCGGUCAAGGCCGGCCUCCUCGUCGACCAGCUCGACGGCACGAAUCUGGUCAUGGUGGAGAUGCUGCUGAGGAGAAUGCAAACCAUUGAAUUCGCCCACCUCGAGCGGGCGAAGGAGGCGGAGUCGAAAGGGUACAGUGGCCGCCUCAGCCUCGAGGAGCAGCAGGCGUUCUCGGGGCUCAGCCGGGGCUCGGGGCAGCUGAUGAUCUGUCUGGAGCUCCUCGACGUGGUUCGCGUUGACGUGGAGCGGGAGGCGCAGCUCAACAAGGCCCUCCGGAAGGGCCGCGAGGUGACUCCCGCAGAAGCUCUCCGGAAGCUUCGCGUGGCGAGCUGGUAUGAUGUGGACUCUGCCGUGCUCGGUUCCUAUAACCUCGCUAGCGUCUCGCCCCCCUCUGGCUCGCCGGCACCGGUACCGCUCGAGGAUUUUCGGGGCGCGGGCGGGUCGGACAUGAUUAGGGACUUCGUCCAAAGCCGAUUGCUACCGUCUAGUGAGGUAGAUACUCGUUUGAAAAAUUAUCAGGUCGCGGUGCCGCAUAGUGAUCCUAAGCUGCGUCGGGUCGCGGCUUUUGAGGAGUUCAUCCGUGCAUUGCAGCAGCGAGGCAUGGUAGAUUUCAGCUUCUCAUGCAAGGAAAGGGUUGAAGCAUUUUUCGCGCACGAGAAAUCCGGGAAGCUCCGGCUGGUAGUUGACUGUCGUAGAAGCAACUGUCAUUUCCAGGACCCCGCCCCCGUUCCCCUCCUCACCGGCGAAGGCCUGGCAGGGCCGGAGCUCGGCGAGGGUGAGGAGUUGCAUGUUGGCGGAGCCGAUUUGUCAGACGCCUUUUAUCAUAUGCAGUUGCCUCCCGAUUUGAGACCGUUUUUCUGUUUCAGGGCCGCGCGGGCGGGGGCGGCGGGGUGUACUAGGGUCAAUGGGAAGCCCGUUCCUCCGUCAGCCAUGGUCUACCCCCGACUGUCUGUGAUACCGAUGGGCUGGAGCUGGGCCCUGUGGAUGCGUCAAACGGCCCACGAGCGCAUUGUGGAACAAGCCGGAGCUUCCCCGGAGAACCGCAUUGUAGAUAAGCAGGUGACGCUGGACCUUCAUCGAGCGUGCCAUUCGCAGUACGUGGACAACUUCAUCGCCGUCUCUACCGACGCCAGUGUGGCGGCCGUCGAUGCUAGUGAGUGGGGGCUGGGGGCGUGCGCCGCACAGUGUGGGGCCUCUCUGGCCCGGAGCGUCGGCCGGACCUCGGAGCGAUGGCGCUGGGGUCGGGUCGGCGCUGCCAUGGGUCCUCGUCGCCACGCGCUGGACCACGCUCGUAAAGCCGAGGCGGCGGCGGCCCUGGCGGGGGAGGCCCGCGAGGCUGCCCCCUGGAUCGCCGCCGCCAACGACGUCCCGGGGCCCGAGUGCGCACCCCCUCAGCCCCCCUCAGCUGGCUCAGGUGUCCUGGACAGCCCCGGCGACGUCUUCGGGUUCGGUCGGGUCAGGCGGGUCGUGGACUUCCCAGAGGUCCCGCGGGAUAUGAUCGAGCUGCAGUGGUCCGUCGUCGGUCGCUUCCCGUGGAGGCGCAAGGGGGAGAGCAUCGCCGUGCACGAGGCCAGGGCCACCCUGUACGGCUUUCGUCAUCUCCUUCGUUCGUCUCGGAACCUCGGGAAGCACGCGCUGGUCCUGGGGGACUCGCAGUCGACGGCCGGGGCGGUGACGCGGUUUCGGAGCGACAGCCGUAGCAUGAUGCGGGUCACCCAGGCGAUCGCGGCCCUCUCGCUCGCGACCGGUUCGGCCUUGCAUUAUCGAUGGUUGCCCUCGGAGUGGAACGUCGCGGACUCUCCUUCCCGAGGCCUCUGGGCUCCAGCUGCUCCGAGCCCGCUCGAUUUCUCCAAACAUGCUCCUGCGGGCCAGCCCCGCACCGACCUCGACCGGCGCGCGGACGGCGGCGCCGACGGCCCCGCUGGCCUCGCCGCUGGACAGGCGGGAGGCCACCCGUGGAAGCGCCAGACGGUGGCCGACGUCGCGGCCCGGCGGAGGGCUUCUGCUGUCACAGUGGGCGGGCUCACGGUGCUCGAGAGCGCCUCGGUUCGGCCCCGGACGCGGCAGAAGUACCAGUCGCUGUUCGCCGAGUUCCUGGCGUGGCUCGCCGUCCCGGUGGCGACCUCCGAGGCGGGCGUCGACCAGCAGCUCGUGGGGUGGCUGGACGCGCUGCACCUGGGCGGCGAGAACCUGGGCUCGGCCCAGUGGGGCUUCGCGGCGGUGACGUUCUUCACGGGCCUCCAGAAGUCCGCGGGGGCCCUCAUGCCCAGGAGCCGGAGGGCCCUCCAGGGGUUCAGGCGCUGCUGCCCUCCCCAGUCGCGGCUUCCGCUGCCGCGCGAGGCGGUGGCCCUGAUCGCCAACGAGCUGGUCAGGUUGGGGAAGCUGCCCUUCGCGAUCGCGAUCGUCGUGAUCUUCGAGCUGUACCUUCGGCCAGGCGAGAUUCUCAACGUGAGGGUGGUGGACCUCAUACCCCCGGUGCUGGGCGUGGCGAGCGCCCCCUGCUGGGCCAUCACGCUUCACGCGCAGGAGGUCGGGAGGUCGUCAAAGACGAACGAGUUCGACGAGUCCAUGCGCCUGGACUUGGAGCGGCAUGCCCCUCUCGGUCCGGCGCUCAAGGCCCUCUGCCAGGGCCGGAGCCCGGGCUCGCCGAUCUUCGACUUCGCCCUGAAGGACCUGGUGACGGCGGCGUGCGGCGUCGCGCGGAGCCUCAAGCUGGACGAGUACCUCGGCGACGUCCACCUGUACCAGCUCAGGCACGGCGGCGCCUCGCACGACUCCGCCGGGGGCUUCAGGAGCCUGGGGGACGUGAGGCGCCGCGGGCGCUGGCGGUCGCGGGCUUCGGUCAGGCGCUACGAGAAGGGCAGCCGCAUCGGCCAGGUGCUGCUCAAGCUGCCCGAGGACCUCCGCGCCCACGCGCUGUCCUGCGAGCGCUCGAUGGCCUCCAUCGUCCGCGGCCGGCCUUGUCCGGCGGCCCCCGGCCCCAGGUCUAACUCGCCACCCAUGGGCCUCGACGACCUGAGCCCCGCCGACGCCGACAAGGUUCGCGUCGGCAACUUGUUAAUGUUUUUCUCCGUGGCGGUGAUGCGGGAUGCUAUGCUUUUGGGAAUACCAGCUACUCUUGAGAACCCCGCCCGGAGCCGCAUCUGGAUUUGCCCCGCCAUGCAGAGACUUCGAAAAUCCAACAAGAUCAAUUUCACCGUCACCGAUUUCUGCAUGCGGGGCGCCCAGUGGAGGAAGUCGACCAGUUUCCUCAGCACGGGGCUGUGCAUGGACGCCCUCGCCGAGGGUCGCUGUCUCGGCACCAGGCGUGGCCUGUGCAAGCGCACCGGCCAGCCGCACAUCCCCAUCCAAGGGAAAAACGACAAAGGUGUAUUCUGGUCCAAGAUCGCCGAGCCUUAUCCUCCUGGACUUUGUAAAGCCCUGGCUUCUAUCUACUACAAUGCGUGGGCCUCGUCUAAAGCCGAGUUGUUCGACAAGAAGGAGCUCGUGGAACAGGCCAUCCACCGGUCGAGGAUGGAGGAAGAGAACAGGCAGCGCACGAUGCUGAUCAACGAGCAGGAGAGCGAGUACGAGGAGAGCCUCAGGAUCGACCGCGAGAAGGCCGAGCAGAAGGCCCUGAAGGAGAAGGAGGAGGAGGAGCGGGCGCGCAGGGAGGCCGAGGAGCAGGAGGCCAUCCGGAGGGAGCAGGCGCAGAAGGAGGCGGAGGCCGCCGCCGAGGCGGAGCGCCGGCAGGCCAAGGCCACGGAGGCGGUGGCCGACGCGCGCGGCAGGUUGCGGGAGGAGCCCGCGCCGAGCGAGGCCGGCCGGGUGCUCUUGCAGAUCCGCUUGCCCGAGGGCCGGCGGCUGAAGCGGGCCUUCCGGGCCGCCGACCCCGUGGAGCAGAUCUACCUUUUCGCCCGGGCGGAGGCCGGGGAGGCGCUGGCGGCGCAGGAGUUCCGGCUCGUGUCGCCGCUGCCCCGCUGCACCUACGAGGACCGCAGCGCUACGCUUGGAUCGGCAGGCCUCACAAGUGGGACUUCCCUCUUGGUGGAGAUGGUGGAGGAGUGAGCUGGGCCUGCGCUGAUGUUUUGUCUCGGGGCACAGCAUGCCGCGGGCCUCGCUUUGUGGGGAAAGGGAGGACGGUGUGAAGGA